UUUUUUCAUAAAAAAAAUCAUUUUAAUUUUUCAAUGAUUUACUUCAUCCUAUACCCCAAAAUCCUGUAUAAAACAUCUACAACGCCUUCUCUUUCAUUAACAACAAGAAAGAAAGAAAAAAUCUAAAAUGGCAAAACAGAGCAAGGAUGAAGAAACAACAGCACAAGGUGAAAAAGAAGAAGCAACCUCAUAUCAUGGAGACAUCUUAGAGUCUGUUUUCACUCACGUGCCUCUCAUCGACCUUGUCGCUGCUUCCCAUGUCUCCAAGUCCUGGAAACGCGCCGUUUCAACUUCUCUUCGUCACUUCAACAAAAUCAAACCCUGGCUUCUUCUCCACUGUCAGGCCACCAGGUCUCCUUACUCCACAACCGCGUACGCUUACGAUCCUCGCUCGCGCGUCUGGCUCCAGAUCCACCAUCCCCCCAUCAAAUACAUCUCAGCCCUUCGAUCUUCUCAUUCCACGCUCCUCUACAUGUUAUCACCCUCCAAAUUUUCCUUCUCUUUUGACCCCUUGCAUCUCACGUGGCACAAUGUUGACGCUCCACUCGUCUGGAGAACGGACCCCAUCGUCGCCGUCGUUGGCCACCGUGUAAUCGUCGCUGGCGGCGCUUGCGAUUUCGAGGAUGAUCCUCUGGCUGUGGAAAUGUACGACCUCAAGACUCGCACGUGGGACACAUGCGAGUCCUUGCCCGCGCACUUCAAGGAUUCCGCCGCCUCCACGUGGCUCUCCAUUGCAGUCUCAGAUAACAAAAUGUAUGUGGCAGAGAAGAGUACUGGUGUAUCUUACUGCUUCGAUCCAGAAACCAAGUCCUGGUACGGACCUUACAGUCUGCGUCCACAUGGAAAUGUGUGCAGCUCCGCCAUCGGAUUCGCUAACGACCAUCUGAUUUUGAUCUGUCUGAUCGGAGACGAUCAUGGGGAAGAAGUUACCAGCGUCAAAUUGUGGGAGCUAACCGGCGCGUCGUUUGAGCUCUGCAGACAGAUUGGUGAAAUGCCUAAGCAGCUAGUGGAAAAGCUUAGAGGUGACUUUUGUAGCAUGUCAUCGGCAGUUAUCAAUGUGAUGGGCGAUUUUGUGUAUAUAAGCAAGACAUCAGCGCCAGAAGAGGUGGUCUUCUGCGAGUUUAGCGACGGCGCGUGUAGAUGGAGCAGUGUGCGGAACGCGGUGGUGAAUGAUCAGUGUCGAUUGACGGAAAGGUUGGUGUUUACAUGUGCUAAUGUGGGUUUAGGAGAUUUGCAGAGGGCGAUUGUGGCCCAGGAUAGGCAAUUCGCUGUACUUUGAAGAGACGGAGAGCUUUCGUGAUUGGUUCGGGAACCGGAAUUGUUUCAGAUUCGAAUCUUAAAUUCAAGCCAAAUAUAAAAAAUAAAGAGUUGAUAUCGCCAUGUGAGAUCCAGCGCAUCUGCAACGAAGAAGGAUAACGGGCCCCCCCCCCCCCCCCCCCCCCCCUUUUGUUUUAUUUUAUUUAAUUUUCACUUGUUAUUAUUUUUUUCAGUUAAUUACCAAAAGCUUCAAAAUUUUUUUAUUUAUUUCAAUCUAGUUUAUUGAACCAAAUGCACUUAGAAGUCUAAUCCGAGUGCA